GUAAGCUAAUGUAUUAUGUACUGUUGCAUAAAGCACCGCGCAACAUAUAUGUAUGCUGGAGCAUACAUGUUAAACGCGUUUCAAGGCGAAGCCUGUUCUCUCAACAGUACAUCGCCUGAUCGCAGCAACGCAACGCCGGAGGAAUGCUCGACCACGUUCGGCAUGGGUGAAACUAGCAAGGUUUCUGUAUGUUGUACGGGAAAAAUGGUGUACAUCAACGUCGCCGUCUGCCUGUCUGUACUUCUGCUUAUGAUUGGAUUAUCCGUGGGACUGAGCGUAAACACGUUUAAAGGCCGAGACGUUCUCAACUCAGUACCGCUUAUCGAUGGUCACAACGAUCUACCGGAGAAUCUCUAUGAAAAGUUGAGCAACAAUUUAUCGGGCUUUCACUUCGAAGACGAUCUGAGCAACGACGAUGCCUGGGGAAGAACCGCCUGUCCCGUAUGUCACACCGACUUGCACCGUUUAAUUGCAGGAAAAGUGGGUGGACAAUUCUGGGUAGCGUAUACCGGAUGCGAGUCGCAGUACAAGGAUGCCGUGCAACGGACGUUACGGCAGAUCGACGUGAUAAAGCGUCUAAUCGACCGAUAUCCGACCAAUCUGCAAUUGGUUACCGUCGCGGCGGAUAUCGAGACCACGUGGAGGAACGGGAGAAUCGCGUCUAUGAUAGGCAUCGAGGGCGGUCAAUCCUUAGAGUCGAGCCUGGCGGUCCUCAGGCUCUACUACGAGCUCGGGGUACGCUACAUGACCCUGACUCACACCUGCAAUACACCUUGGGCCGACGCGUCGUCCGUAAAUGACGGAUCUGUGUACAAUCUGACGGAAUUCGGAAAAAAAAUCGUUCUCGAAAUGAAUCGAAUUGGAAUGAUGGUCGACCUGGCGCACGUGUCGCACAACGUUAUGAGGGAUGUGCUCGCAGUGACGAGGGCUCCCAUCAUAUUCUCGCAUUCGUCCGCCUUCAGCAUCUGCCAGAACUACAGGAACGUCCCCGACGACGUUCUGCACUCGGUCAAAGAGAACAAGGGUAUCGUUAUGGUGAACUUCUACAGCGGUUUCGUAAACUGCAACUCCUCGCGAAACGCCACAUUGCAGGAUGUCGUAGAUCAUAUAAAUUACAUACGAAAUCUUAUCGGAGUGGACUACGUCGGUAUUGGCGCAGAUUACGACGGUGUAAAUUCACUACCGGUGGGCUUAGAAGAUGUAUCGAAGUACCCCGAUCUGUUCGAUCGUUUGUACGACAGCAGAGAAGGCGAGCCAACGUGGACUAAGGAGGACUUGGAGAAGCUGGCCGGCAGAAACUUCAUACGGGUUUUCCAGAUGGUAGAAACGGUGCGGGACUUUUUAUCAUCCGAGAUGCCCCGAGAAGACAUUAUCACCGGAAAUGAAUUAUAUAUCGCGCAAAAGAGAGCAGGGCUUAAGCCAGGCGAGUGCCAAACCGCGGAUGAGUGGAAAGACGUAGAUCCAGUAUUAAAAAUUGAAUAGAAGAAUGCGAAGAGCGAGACACGAUAACGAUUACUCCACCGAUGAUUCAACUGAUGAUUCCAAUUGAACGAUACCUUCCGCGAAGAUGCUAAUAUUAGAAUCAUCGCGAUAAAAUACUCCUUAUUUCUCUUCCCCCCCCCCCCCCCCCCCCAGGAAAGACAAUAUUUCGUAAUAUUUUUGUCAGAGAGCAGAGUAAGAAUAACUUGCUUUCUCGACGUACAUGUAUAAAGCAUAUUUCGCUAUCUAUGUGCAAUUUUCCUGUUUUGUGUCGAUGGAUUAAAAUGUUUACGACAACAACAAUAAAAUAAGGCGAAGAUGUGUUACCUUCUGGAUAUAAUAAAGGAUGCAAUUUAUAUUACAGAA